UCCCGGACACAGUUUCCGACUAACAUAUCCAUGUCACAUUACACCAAACUCGGGCUGGAUCUAAAAAGUGCGCAUUAUGGAAAACCAUUCACAGCAGCCCAAUUCAGGGCAACAGCCACCCCAAUUUGAGGAUGAGCGACUUUUUUCCGACUUUGACAGCUACCCUUGGAAGGCAGACUCGGUGUUCCUGACUGGCUUGAUCGCUCUCCUCGGCGGCGUUGACAAGCUCCGCCCAGACCCGUCCCAUGCCGACCUGGCUGUCCAUGCUCGCAUUUUCUACUACCAACAAGCACACAACGCACGGGUAGACUUUUCGGCCUACAAGCAAUGGGCUGCAGCAUCAACGGCCAGAAAUGCCACAGGAACCGAGGUGCUUCAAGCUCUAUACUGGGCACGCGAACAAAUUUCAGCACUUGAUGGUAUACCGCCACCCAAUGCGGCAGACGCGGUCGCUGCGGUCGCGCAACAGUAUGUGCCGCCUCCCCCAGACCCCGCUUGGCAGCAGGCGGCGCCGGCCCAACCACUGCGCGUUUCCCACGCCGCCGCAUCUGUUGGUGGGGAUGGAGGCACUGGAGCCGCCCCUUACCCAGCCCACUUUGCAGAACUCAUCGCCGCGGUCCAGAACAACCAGCCGGUGCCUGGCGUGCGCGAGAUUCCCGACACGGUCAUUCGAGAUUCUAACGUUAAGCCCGUUGGCAAAAUGACUGCACCAAAGAAACCAUGGGAACUUGGAAGGACUUCAUCUACAGAAGCCCAGGGUGGCCAAGCUUUGCAGCACGAUGCGACAGUCGAUCAAGACUUUCCCCCUAUUGAUGGAGAGGCGCAGGCACAACCUAAUUAGCGGCGGCCAGCCGUGACGGAAGCUAGGGAAGUUUUAUCGUAGUGGUUUCUCGGUUCUUAGCAGCAGUAUUAUAUUGUCUUGGACAAAACGUGAUAGCCGCUUUUCCCUAUCUAUCGCGCACCCAGGCAUCCAGGGGUACGGUGCAUUGUGUGCAUGGAUGACGUCAAGUACGUGUCCACUUCAGCACGGCAAGUGCAUGUACUGCCACUACACCUA